AUGGCAGGAGGACCGAGUUUAACGUGGGUGGGGUACAACCUCCUUCGACUGACUGCUAUCGUGAUAUUAUGCUGGGCAAUAGCAGUUCAAUUCAUCGCUAUAGGAGAUGAUAUGUCAGCAUACUCUGAUACUCAAUCGUCUUCAACCUCCAACAAUGCGGGCAUAAUCUCCUCUUCGACAGCUUCAUCAAGUAGUCGGAAUCCCUAUGCCGCUCCCACAGCUCGAUCAUCAUCAUCCUUCACAGCUGCUAUCGGAGCGGUCACUCAAAACCCCUCAGACAGGAGAAGCUUCGAGGACAGUGCGACAUCAUACUCAUACCUCAUAAAGAGGCAGAGUGGCGAUACAGCAGAUGAAGUAAGGCAAGCCAACUAUGGACUAUCAUCUGUACCUAGACAGCCAGGCGGUGUAGUAUUCACGAUUUUCUCGAGACUGAGUAUGGUAUCAACUCUCUCCUUAUUGCUUUUAGGGCAAUUUGGCUGGCCCGAAAUGUUCCUUUACGAUCAUGUACCAUGGCUUGGUCCGCAGAGUACACCAAUCUGGUUGGGAAUGGUACAGACCAUUGUGGCAAUUGAGAAUCUCCGUAUAUACGCCAAAUCCUCUGUACUCCUUCCUUGCUGGGCGCUGUUCAUCAUCGGUCUGAUUAACUUUACGAUUGGUGGUGUCCUCUCAUGGCUAGGACGUAAAUUACCUAAAUCCCCCUCUCCUCCCUUAUAUUUCAAUCUUUCCACGAGAGUGAUGUACUUCCGUCCUCCUCCACCAUGUUACAAUCCGAUCACUAAACCCCACAAGCAAACAGAAAGGAUAUUGGAUCCAGAAUUACAAGGAUCAGCAUCGGAGGAUAAACUAUUACCCUCGUCGAAUGCGAAAUCACUAGGACUAGAUGAAGAUGAAGAGGAAUUUGAUAAGAUAUCGAUUCGAUCGGAAGAAGGGUUCAGUCUACCUAUCGAAUCUCAGUACAGGAAACGAGCACCUACAGAUCCAUCCCAAAUCGAGGCAAGAAAUGGUGAUGAUCACAACCAUCAUACAGACGUAACUAAAGGUGGAUAUCCCACUUUCUCGGGAGGUGGUCUUACCGAUCCUUCUUCCCAGGUUCCACUGGGUUUUAUAGAACGUACGAAAGAUGGAAGGAAAAUCGAAUUUAUCAAUACCAACGCUGAGAGUGGUCGAUCUGAUCAUCAAAAGCGACGAUCGGAUUUACCUCCUCGUGGUCAAUCGAGGAAGAAGGCAAUGACCAUCGAUAAUUCGCCACAACUUCAUGAUAAGCUGGUUCAUCUGGGUUCGAUCAGUAGACCAAGAGUGGAUAGCGUAGAUACUCUAACUUUGAUAUCCAAAAGUAAAAACAAGAACCGAGACGAAUACAUGAGAUCAGGUGAGAGUGGACUAGAAGAAGCUGCUAAACAUGCUAGAAUGAGGAAAUCGACUUUAUCACCAAUGACUUUUGGUCCUUUACCUUCUUCAUUACCAUUUGAUAAACCGGAAUCAAUGCCCUUGCCUGUGCCUGAUGCGAUGGCUCAGACUAACCAUGACAAGGCCAGCAGGAUGAAUAUGGACUUGAAAAGAUCAGAUUCGAAAUCAUCUACAAUUGGUUAUGGUAUGAGUAAUAGUGAAAAGAGACGUCAAUCGACUUCAUCUUAUCUAUCUGCCACAUUGGAGAUGGGUCCGAGAUUCCCUUUCCCACCUUCUCGUCAGACUUCACUCAAGAGAUCUUAUAUCCCACGUCCAGACGAUGAGGAAGAAGAUGGUAUAAGACCGAUAGUUGAAUCUCCCAAAGAAGUUGGUUUGACAAGUGAGGCGAAAGGUCCAAGACCGCCCUUUAGGGCAGGAUCGAAGAGAGAGAAGCCUAAGGUUAGUACUGCCGACUCAGCAUCAUACGAGGGCAAGGAUGAAAACCGAGCGAGAAGGUAUGCAAAACUUGAAGAUAAAGAUAAGAAACGACAGUCGAAGUCAAAGUUACCCUUAAGCCCUCCUACAUCGGCCCCUUCUAUACCUCUUCCUAAGAUACCAAAAUCUCCUAAAAACAAGUCUUCUCAUUCCUCAGUCCCCCGCCGUCGAUCAUCCUCAUCAUCCACAGCUACUUCGCCCAAAUUGAUCUCGGGCCGUAAAAGAGCAGCGACGUUGACUGCCCCCGCUCCAGUAGGAUCAUUCAGACCUUCUCCAUCGAUUAAAAGGACCGAUUCCACUCGGAGGGGAUCGAGGACAGCCAGAGGAGUAAGGUUCAACCUGUCUCCACAGGCCGAGGCUGAAGAUCAGAUUCAGAGCGAAUGGUCUUCCUCUUCUGACGAGGAUAGUGGUGAUACAGAGAUUGGCGAGGUUAGGGAGCUGGUCAUUAACGAUGAUGAUUGUGGUUUUGUUGGCACGCCCACCCAGAGUUUACAUAGACCCGAAUCGAUAUCUUUGGAUUGA